UCAAGACAGGUCACCUGGCACGGCUGAGUGUGCGAGCAGGCCUAAUAAGAGCCUUUUAAACGGCAAAGGACUACAGUAGAAAAUUGCCCACGAGGGAUCACAUCACUUCAUAUGCGACCUACAUGUGUUAUAUCUUCGAUAUCUGUGUUUCCCCUCCUCAUGUGGGGAUGUGGAUGCACAGCGCGCUACGCAGCAAACUGGACCAGUCUGGAUGCCAGACCUCUGCCCCAGUGGUUCGACCAGGCCAAGAUCGGGAUCUUCGUCCACUGGGGGGUCUUCUCAGUCCCUGGCUUCGGCCAGUAUAGUGAGUGGUUCUGGUACUGGUGGCGGUCUGAAAGGCGCACAGAAGAAGUGGAGUUCAUGCAGAGAAACUACCCGCCGGGCUUUAGGUACGCGGAUUUUGCGCACGAGUUUCGCGCGGAAUUCUUCGAUCCGGAUAACUGGGCAGAGAUAUUCAAAGCCUCUGGAGCCAGGUAUGUGGUGUUCACAUCCAAACACCACGAAGGAUUCACAAACUGGCCCUCAGCAGGCUCCUGGAACUGGAACUCAAUGGAUGUAGGUCCUCACCGGGACCUGGUGGGAGAACUGGCUGCAGCUGUCAGGAAGAGGUCACUGCGUUUGGGUCUGUACCACUCUCUGUAUGAAUGGUAUCAUCCCCUUUUCUUGUUGGACCAAGCUUUGGGGUUCAAGACUCAGUAUUUUGUUUCCCGUAAGACUCUUCCAGAACUAGUGAACCUCGUGACGGCAUACAAACCGGAUCUGAUCUGGUCUGAUGGGGACUGGGAAGCACCAGAUACCUACUGGAACUCCACCCAGUUCCUGGCCUGGCUCUACAACGACAGUCCAGUGAAGGAUGUCGUGGUUACCAAUGACAGGUGGGGUAAAGGCUGCUACUGCAAACAUGGAGGCUACUAUAACUGUGCUGACAGGUACACGCCUGGUAAACUUCCAGACCACAAAUGGGAGAAAUGCCAGUCCAUCGACACCCGUUCCUGGGGCUACCGAAGAGACAUGAAGCUAAGUGAAGUCAUGGACCUGCCGUCCAUCAUAAAGGACUUGGUAUAUGUGGUGGCAAUGGGUGGUAACUACCUGCUGAACAUUGGACCUAUGGCAGAUGGCAUGAUUGCCCCGGUGUUUGAGGAGAGGCUGAGGGGACUUGGUGCCUGGUUGGAGAUUAAUGGUGAGGCCAUCUAUGCCUCCAGACCCUGGAGGGUCCAGACGGAGAACAGCACUGUCACUGUCUGGUACACCGCCAAAAACAAUACAGUUUACGCCAUAAUCCUCGGCUGGCCGUCCAAACAGCUGCUUCAGCUCACAGCACCAAGGACGUCUGGAGCCACAACGGUUACACUUAUGGACUAUCCCAACGUGCCACUGAAGUGGGCAUCAGUGACACCAGCAGCUGGACUGAUGAUUCUUAUGCCGUCUAUGCCAGUAUCUCCUGGAAAAGCCUGGGCUCUGAGACUGGAGGAAGUAGUGUAACGUCAGAGAGUUGUGACAAAGUCAAGUGAAAGGGCAUCUCUCGCACACUACAGUUUCUGUGUGUGCGUGAUAAUAUUAUUUACUAUGCGCACAGUAAUAUGAAAAGGGUGUCAAAAUGCAAAGCACCAUUUUUGGGUCAGUCACAGUGAGCCAUUUAACUCCCUCAGCUAUCUACUGUAAAGAUAUAUAAACACACACACUGUAUAUAAUCUCAAUCUGCCUUUGAGAAUUAGAAAUAUAUAUAUAUACUUACUGGUGGAUGGGUAUCUUGCCUUAACCACUGUAUUAAAGCCUUUAAGACUAGUCAUGCUUCUGUUAAUCGUGGUUACAAGCCCAUUUUUCAUAGUUUCCUAAACAAAGAUAAAUCAAGUGUACAGUACACUCAGCGUGCGUGUGUGUGUGGGUGUAAUGGACAGUUACUCGUGGUUAUUACUGUAAUAUUUCUUGUUCAAUUUAAAAAGCCAAAGGAAACAGGAAAACAGGCGGGUGGCCCUUCGCGGUUCCCUGGUUCCCGAUGCGCCGGGGACAUAUGCCUUGCAGUAUCACCGCCUCCUUGCCUCCCUCGUCCGCCCGGGCCUGGUUGGGCUCUCAUUACUGUCCGGUCCGGCGUCUGCUGGUGGCCGGCGCCUGGUGUGGGCCCGUCCGGUG